AUGCGGAAAAAGACUGUACUGAGCAAUCCCGCAUGGAGACAGAUUUCCUGGCGAGACAUUCCGAAGACGCCAAAAGACUUAUUGAUCGACAUAUUGGUCGACAUCCCAGAAUUAUUGGAAGACCUUGAUACCGGAAAGUCUUGCCGCGAUCUAGAAUCCCGAAAAACCUUCGAGUUCGAGCUGAUUCGCCGGUGCUGGGAUUUUGAGAAACGGCUCGUUGACUGGCAAAACCAGGUCGGGAUCACCGACCCAGUCUACACCCCGAACGUCAACCAAGUUUUGUUUUCGCUGGAUCUGGUCGCGGCAUCCCAGACCAUGACACUUUACAGCAUAUCCGAUCCUGAUACAUAUUUCCCUCCACACGGGGACCCCAUGAGAUACUGUCGGAGGAUCGCCGCAGCCAUCCCUGUACUGUUGCACCCACUCUCUGGGGCGUAUAGCGUCCAUAUGGUCGGUUUUCCAAUCGCUGUUGCACUGAGAUGGCUGAAUGGCGCCAAUGGUCAAACAGACUCCGAGGAAAAACAAAUGAUCCUCGACGUGUUCAGAAAUUCGGGUCAUGGAAGACUUAUCGAAGGUUUCGUUUCGAGCAUACAUGCCAAUUCAAAAGGUCACUGCAGGGAAUGA